AUGGAUGCUGAUGAUCCUGCAAUAGAAAAUAAGCAUUUGCUCGAAAAGAAUUCGCAAAGUUCUACUUCAACACAAACUAGUAUGAAUAUGGAUAUGCUUCUUACUAAAAAUGAUGAGCAGGACCUCGCCGAAGGUGUUGAGGUAACACAUGUGCAAGCUUGCACCGUUGAAGAGUUGGGUGACCAUGAAUCAACUAAGUUGUUGUACAAGGUCAGAGAACGUGAUGAAAUUGCUGAUGAGAAUUCUACUAGGAGCGAGGAAGAGUGUACCUCGAAGACUUCGGAAGCUUUCUCAAUCAAUGAUCGCGUUCAGUCGUACAAUGUUGCUGUCGAAAUCGAUUUGAAGGGAACCAGUGAGGAUAUGCCCACAUCCAACGCCCACACCAGUGCUGAGCCUAUCUCUACUAGAAGUUUCGCUGAAGUAACAGAGGAAAUCGUUCGAAAAAGUCAGAAUGUAGUCGAUGUGUGGACUGAUGGCCAGGAAAGACCGAAAGAGACUAUUCAAGAGUGUGCUCAGGAAAAGCCUACAUCGCCUUUGAAGACGGAAAUACGUACUAUCAGUUUUUCCCUACGUGAUGAAGUUGCCGAAAGCAUGGAUACAGUUGAACAUCUCGAAGAGGAAUCAAAUUUUUGCGUCUGUUCUGUAGAAGCACGUUCGUCAAAACAGUCUUGCAGUUUCCAACCUGAAGAUACUAUGGAGCAG